CUAUGUGCUGUUUGAUUCUAGUGCCCUAUACUCUUUUAUUGCACACUCGUAUGUUCAAAAAAAAAAAAAAUGCAUUGCUUAUUGGUAUGUCUGAUGUUGAGAUGUGUGUGAACACCUCUUUAGGAGGGAUGAAGGUCACUAGAGAUAUUUAUAGAAUUGUAUUCAUCUUUAUUGAGGAUAGACAACUGAAUGUUGACAUGUCCAUUUUGGAUAUCUUCGACUUCGAUAUUAUCUUGGGUAUGACUCGAUUGUCUCAAUAUUAUGCCUUCCUUGACUGUCAUAAGAGAUGAGUUAUAUUCAAUAUUCCUAGUGAACCAAACUUUUGUUAUCGAAGUGUAGGUUUGUUUGCUCCUCUUGUUCUUAUAUCCAUGCUGUUGGCACACAAAAUUUCUUGCUUAGGGGUAUUAUGAGAUUUGGCAUGCGAGGGAAGUUGAGUCUGAGAUACAUAGGACCAUAUAUCGUUCUUGACUAAAUCGGAAAGGCUACUUAGGAGCUAGAAUUUAAGUUGUGUCAAGUAUAUCCACACUUGUUCAACAAUCCAGGUGAGUUUAGAGGACUAAACUCUUUUUUAGGAG